AUGACGCCUGCCUUCGUCAAGAAAAACCACUUCCUGUCGCACUUUACUCCACGUCUGGCAGCAGCCGUUGGGCUGAUUGCGCUAUCAAGCCUGAAUUAUGGCUUUGACAACCAGGGAAUUGCUACAAGUCAGGCAAUGGCCGCCUACAAAAAGCAAUUCGGGACCUAUGACCCCAAGACGGAUUCUUAUGCCAUUCCGACAUACUGGACGUCGUUGUUGAAUAGUCUGAAUUUUAUUGGCUUUGCUUUUGGCUUGUAUAUGGGCAGUGUUGUUAGUGCGCGGUACGGCCGUCGUAUGUCGAUGUUCUGCAUGUCUAUCUGGGCUAUCAUGUCAACUACAGUCCUGAUAACUUCGGCGCGAAUCGAGCAGGUUUUGGCCGGGCGAAUACUCAACUAUGCGUACAUUGGCAUGGAACUGGCCACCUGCCCACCGUUUCAAGCCGAGAUUGUCCCUGCGCCUAUUCGAGGAUUUGCCGUGGGCACCUACCAAACCAGUCUCCUACUUGGUGGUGUCAUUAUCAACAGUAUUUGUCGUGGCACAUCUGAUUUGCCUAACAACGAUGCCUGGAGGAUACCUCAGAUUCUGUUCUAUGUCGUACCGGCAAUCGUCGCGGUCUGCGUCUGGUUCAUUCCGGAGUCUCCACGCUGGCUGCUUCUGCAAGGUCGUGAACAAGAUGCGCUUGAGUCGCUACGCCUACUCCGAGGUACUGGAGUAGGCUGGGAAUCCGAUUCUGAUAUCACCAGAGAAGAUCUGUUUCUUUUGAAAAAGUCCCUUCUGGAGGAGCAGAAUCAGGGAACAUACAGGGAUCUUUUUCGCGGCAGCAACCUCAAGCGAACCUUUAUUGCUAUAGGCAUGAAUUUCUUCAUCCAAGCCACCGGCUCGCCUUUCACUGCUGCUUAUGGUACACUAUUUGUACAAUCGCUGAAUUCUUUGAACCCAUUCGACUACUCGAUUAUGAGCUCUUGCAUAAACACCUUCUGCUGCCUUGUCUCUAUACUUAUAACUGACAGGGUUGGACGUCGGCCCAUCUUGCUCACGGGCGUGGCUCUGCAAGUGCUAUGGCUUUUUGCCAUGGCAGGACUCGGGCUCCACAACAACAAAACACCCAGCGAGAUACAUGCCAUCAUUGCAUUAACAGCACUGUCUUCAGCCAGUCUAUGCUUUAGCUGGGACCCGCUGAACUACAUCAUCACAACUGAGCUACCAGCAUCUAGGUUGCGCGACAAGACACAACGAGUUGCAUCUUUCGUCAACAUUGUCACCAACUUUGCAUUUUCUUUCAGCACUCCUUACCUUCUUGACGCCCCAUAUGCAGAUUUGGGAUCUAAAGUUGGUUUUAUAUACGGAAGUCUUGCUAUUGCGGCGUUUCUGUUUGCAUAUUUUUGUGUUCCCGAGAUGAAAGGUCGCACACUCGAAGAAAUCAACCAGAUGUUUCAGAAUGGUGUUCCGAUUUGGAAGUUUGGUAUUUAUAAAAACCCAACAGCAGAGCGAGAUCCAGGAUUCGACGAAGCGUCUGCUGCUGGGGGCCCUUCGGUUGAGAUUGAGAGAUUUGCUGGCAAGUGA